CGUGAGCAUACCUUGAUACACCAUACACCAAAACAAACAUGAAGUUAUCUACACUCCUCGCUGCUUUCACAGGAACUAUUGGAGUGGCUAUAGGGAUCUCAACAGGCGUCACCCAGAACUACGAUGGGUACACGGUAUCAACAGUGGGUGAACCUAGGAAUGGACCUGCACGCUACACCAAUGGCAAGUUAAACACGACUGAGAGAGCAUGGCUGGGCGGUGGGGCACAAUUCAAUGGGUCAUGGACAAUGCCAGCCGACACGAAGUACAUCGCGAUAGACGACAACUACAAUGGUACCGUGACGCUAACAGAAUUAUCGCCUCGUGGUGGACAGCACUACGCUACAAUCUACUGGGACUUCAACUGCCCAGGUGUGCAAGCUGUUGCUACCGUGUGGAAUUUUGGUUGCGGAGGUGCCUGCGUCUAUAAAAACAGUGGUUUCGACAGCAUUGGGCUAGGGCAGGACACUACUUACAGUCCAUGGCCUACGGCAAACAUCUACGCGGAUGACAGAUGCACACAGUACGAAGCACAUGCGGGAAUAUGGGCAGACAGGACAUGGGGAUGCACCAACAAGGCAGGAGGACAGACCUGGAAUUCGUUCUAUCUGUACGAUGGAUGUUGAAUUGGUCAAUCUUGGUUGGGAUCAG